UUCAUCAUCUAAAAUUCUUAUUUAUAAUAAUUCUCUGAAGCUUUCUCUUCAAGAAAUCAAAUCCAAAAAUGGAAAAUACAUCAUGGAGUUUACAAGCUAUGAUCAGUAGACGACCCAAUAAUAAAGAGCAACAUGAUGAUGGUUAUGGAUGCAUCGAUAUCAAGAAAGAAUAUGAUCAAGCCCUUCUCUUUUGCUAUCCACACCUCAGCGACUUUGAUAGUCAUGAUGACCAUAAUAAUGCAACCAUAAGCAUAAAAAAUGAAGUAGUUAAUAAUAUUAAUGGAUCUCCAUCUGAUGAAUUUUUAUUAUUGGACCAACUUUACAAGCCUGCCGCAGCAUAUUAUAAUUUCCCGGUUGGUUACGGUACUGGUACCGAGAGCGAGUAUUCGCCUCCUGCUGCUCCUACUCCACCAGCUGCUGACCUUCAUCAUCAUCAGGAAUAUUCUGAUGAUCAAGAAGUAAUUCAACAACAAGAUAUCAACAACUUUUGUGGGUCUACUGCUGCUUCAAACAAUUAUAUCUCUCAAGUUGCACCAAAGCUCAAAAAAAGGAAGAAUCAACAAAAGAGGGUGGUGGUUCAAGUAACAGCUGAUGGUUUAUCCUCGGAUCCAUGGGCUUGGCGUAAAUAUGGUCAAAAACCCAUCAAAGGCUCCAUCUAUCCUAGAAGCUAUUACAGAUGUAGCACUUCAAAAGGAUGCUUGGCAAGGAGACAAGUGGAGCAAAGUUGUGAUGAUUCAAACAUCUACAUUUUAACCUACACUGCCGACCACAACCACGCCCAACCAACUCGUCGCAACUCUUUGGCUGGCAUCAACCGCAACCGGUUCAAAGCCCCCACUCCAAAGAGUCCCGCCAGCAUCCCAAAUUCUAAAGACUCGCCGUCUCAUUCCCCAACUGCAACCCAUAAUUCAUCAGCUAAUUCAUCUAUUGACGAUGAAGUAGUGCUCCUCCAACAAUCCAGCAUCAAACAAGAGACGACGACGACAUUUUACAACAAUAAUUACGACGACGGCUAUCAGAUGAUGGAAGCAGGAAUCAACAAUGACGAUUGUAUGUUCUUCAGCGAUGAUUUCUUCGAGGGCUUGGAGGACUUGGGAGGGUAUAAAAUGGAGUCCUCAUCGUCAUCUAAUUAUAAUAAUUUCUCAUCAUCAAAUAACAAGCAGCAAUUUCCUUGUUUGUUUUCAUAGCUAGCUACCAACCAGUUAAUUUCUAGUUAAUUGGACUAGCUAGAUCCAUGCUGUUUUUAUUUUUAAUUUUCCUUUCUUGUAAAUUUUAUAGAAGAGUUAUAUAAUGUUAGAAUAAAAAUUUUGUUCUA